GUUGGUACUCUCUCUGUGUGUGUUUUCAAUCAAGCGAGCGGCGCGCGAACCUCAUCUUUUCCGCAUUGUGAUACCAACAAAAACACAUUUACUGCAAUAAAGCUGCGUUUUGUGGCGUCGUUUGUUUAUUUUUUACUAACUAAAAACAAACAAGCAACGACAACAAAAACAACAACAGCAACAUUAAGAAGCUCAAACUCGCGUUACGUUACGUUUACCGUUUUCCGUUCGCUAUUACGCCGAUUCGCCGUAAGAAUCGUUAACAUUUUGUGGCGUCUGACGGCUCCGCUUGUUCACCAUACAUACAUAUACACAUACAUACGUACAUAUUGUGUGUGUGUAUGUACAUACAUUACGUACAUUGCAAGAAGAAGAAAGAAAAGAAAAAGCAGCAGCAUAGAACAUAACUACGAAUACCUAGAAAACUAUUAAAACAACAAAAUAGAAAAAAACACAUCUGAUCGAACCCCCUCCUCAGAUUUAAAUCCAAACUAUGGAACACUUUCAUCAAAUACAGCAAACAAUUCAACACUAUCAGCAGCAACUGGCUGCGCAGCAACAACAACAAGCGGCUGCCGUACAACAGCAACAGUUGCAGCAACAUCAAGUGGUUGUCCAGCAGAAUCAACAGCAAGCGCAUCAGAAUAGCUCCAACACCACAGCCGGCGUUGGCCAACAGCUAUUCACAUAUAAAAUGGCCAGUAGUUUCCCCAAUCCAGCCACGACAAUGGCACAGGUUGUUGCCACUUCAAAUGCGGGCACCACCGGCUACGAUUACCGUCUAAAUAUGGCACAGGCAGCUGCCGCUGCUGCGGUGCCCGGCUCCCAAUGGUGGUACUCGGCCGCCAAUCAGGGGCAGGUGGAUGCCAACACAGCUGCACAGUUGCAGCAGCAACAGCAGCAGCAGCAGCAGCAACAACAACAGCAGCAACAACAACAACAGCAGCAACAACAGCAACAACAACAGAUGCAACAACAGCAACAGCAACAGAAUGUCGUCAAUUCGGCAAGCCCCAUGGUCAGAGGAGGCAAAGCUGACGCGAAACCCCGAGGUCGAAUGACCGCAUACGCAUACUUUGUACAGACUUGCAGAGAGGAGCACAAAAAGAAGCAUCCCGACGAGACGGUCAUAUUCGCUGAAUUCUCACGCAAAUGCGCUGAGCGAUGGAAGACAAUGGUCGACAAGGAGAAGAAGCGCUUCCAUGAAAUGGCUGAAAAAGACAAGCAACGGUACGAGCAGGAAAUGCAAAACUAUGUGCCGCCCAAGGGCACAGUUGUGGGACGCGGAAAGAAAAGGAAACAAAUCAAGGAUCCAAAUGCGCCAAAACGUUCAUUGUCUGCGUUUUUCUGGUUCUGCAAUGAUGAAAGAAAUAAGGUGAAGGCUCUUAAUCCGGAAUUCGGUGUUGGUGAUAUUGCCAAAGAGCUUGGCCGCAAAUGGUCUGACGUUGAUCCCGAAGUCAAGCAGAAGUACGAAUCGAUGGCUGAAAGGGAUAAGGCACGAUAUGAGCGGGAAAUGACCGAAUACAAGACAAGCGGGAAAAUUGCCAUGUCAGCACCCUCGAUGCAAGCGUCGAUCCAGGCGCAGGCACAAGCAGUACAGAAAGCCGCGUUACUUGCUGCAGCUGCCCAACAGCAGCACCAGCAGCUGGAUGAGCAACAUGACGACGAUGAUGGCGACGGUGAUGAUGACGAGAAUCAAUAGGUCUAGCAGUAAAAUACUCUUCACUAUUUAUACACUAUCGUUGGUCAUCACGAACAAGGAAUCAUAAUAUCGUUAGUUAAUCUAUUAUCAGGUUAACUAAUGUGUGUUAUCUAUCUAUAUAUAUAUAUAUAUAUAUAUAUAUAUAUAUAUAUGUGUAUACCACAAGUAUAUAUUGAUUGAAAAAGAAAAAAACAAACAACAUAUAUAUAUAAAUAUAUGAGUAUAAUAUUAAUUUUUUUUUUUAUAAUAAUAAGUAAUCAAAUUUCCAUGAAUUACUGAAGGAGAAAAUCACAAAGAAACCUUUUAUAAGUUUUAUUUUAAGAACAUAAUAUUUAAGUAUAUGGUUAGAUUAAAAUGACAUUAAUCUGUCUGCAAAUCUUAUUUUUGUGCUUCAAUGAUAAGUUUCUCCUAAAACACUAAGAUCGAAUUAUUUUAUAACUUGAAGAAAUCCAUUAUGUCAUUCUCAGCAAACGUUACCACUAAAACAUACAAACAUAUGUAAAUACAUAUUACGUAUAUUGGUACAUAUUUCCCAUUUAUUAAAGUUAGAUGAUUCACCAAUAAUGAAACUAUAAAUAAUGAUGCGUUUACUCAUUCGAGUUGCAACUACUCAAUGAAACGUGAUAAUUUGAAAUACUUAACUCAGUGGCGGGUGAUAUCUCUCUACAUAUUUA